AUGAUUUGUUCCUAUCUUCCAUUCGGUGCUGGAGCUAGAGUUUGUUUAGGACAAAAAUUCUCAUUGCAAGAACAAAAACUCUUCGUCAUACACUUGUUGAGUAAAUAUCAAGUCUCCUUAGAUACCAAGAAAGAAGGAGCUUCUGAAAAACCACGAAUGAAACUGUUAGGAAAUACUCCAUUCAGUCUCAGUGACGAUACGAAAUUAAUCUUUACGGAAAGACCAAUUGAAAUACCUUUGGAGUAUCACUUGUAUGAGGAGGAUUUUGAUAAGCAACACAUUACAGAAGGUAAAAGUGUGGGAGAUACUGGAGUGGGAUUGAAUGCAGAUGAAGAAAUUCCAAGUACGAGUCGGGAGUAUCAUCCUUUAGAUAUUAUUCAUCAAGUGGAUAACUAUCAGUGA